AUGUCGAAAGAAAAAUACAUUGUUGAAGGAGGAUCCUCAAACAGACCACCAUUCUUUGAUGGAUCAGACUAUUACUUUUGGAAAAACAAAAUGCAGCUGUUCUUAAAAUCUCAAGACACAGGAAUAUGGCGCAUCAUUACAGAUGGAGAUUUCACACCAAGGGUUGAUCAAAAUGAUUCAAACUCUGCCCUGAAAAGAGAAGCAGACUGGACAACAGAGGAUAAAGCUAAGGUACUUCUAAAUUCUAAAGCCCAAUUAUUCUUAUCAUGUGAUUUAAGCAGGGAAGAAAGUGAAAGGGUAGAUGAAUGCAUAACUGCAAAAGAAGUUUGGGAUACAUUACAAACUCAUCAUGAAGGAACAAGCCAUGUCAAAGAAACAAGAAUAGACAUUGGUAUAAGGAAAUUCGAACUGUUCGAAAUGCAAGAAGGAGAAACUAUUGAUGAAAUGUACUCAAGAUUUACUACAAUAGUAAACGAAAUGCAUUCUCUUGGCAAAGCUUACACUGUGCAAAAAAGAGUAAGAAAAAUCAUGAGGUUUCUUCCAAUCAUUUGGAGAUCAAUGAAAUCAGUUUUGUCUCUCUCAUCUCCUCACCUUCUUUUCCCCAAAAGUCCGACUAACUCUCUCUCUCAAUAUCACUCCUACUGUUCAUCUUCUUCACCAUCAUCUUCUCCACUCUCAAAAACAACCAUGGCUCGAACCAAACAGUCAGCGCACAAAAAUGCCUCUCCCUGUACACCACCCUCUUCAUCUCCUUCAUACGAAUCCAUAGAGCGUUCACCCUCUCCACCACCUCGCCCAACACCACCACACACCUCCUCUGCCUCUCCUUCUUCUAACACCAGUCAAGAAAUCCUCAAUCUUAUCCCUCUGUCUACUUUUCUUCCACCAUUGUAUACUCACCCUACACCAAACUUUUCUCAAGUGCCUACUCAUUUACGCACUCGAAUCACUCCUCCAUGA